UUGUACUACCAGGAAUGACAUGCAUAGUAUUGGCUCACACACAAUCAACACACAUCGCGCUGGAAAAUCUGCUACUGAUUGGCACAGGUUGGCCGCUGACACAGUAACGGGAAAGCAGAUGAACACACAGGACUCGUUCAACACACAAGGACACAAGUCGUGAGAAUGGCUGCACCCUAAUGAUUCUGUGACUAGCCACGUGUUCUUCUGAUCCUGAACCCCACAAACAUGGAGCUAUUUGAGGACCCUUAUUGCCAGAGCAGACCAGCUCGCAGGACGCAGUGGCUAGUGAGUGCCCUGGCUUUUCACUAUGGGCUAGACAAAGGUGUGGAGAAUGAGAUCAUUGUGUUGGCCACGGGGCUGGACCAAUACCUGCAGGAGAUCUUUCACCACCUUGACUGGCAGGGCAUAGGUACCAUCUCUAAAAGUGAAUUUCGCACCCUGUGCGAGGUACUGGGGCUAGAGCCAGGACAGGAGGAAUGUGCAGGGCUUUUGGAUGAUCUUCCCGAUGAAAUCAAUUUCCGAACAUUCCAUGGUAAACUUUGCGAAUACUUCAGCACCAAGUCUGGGUGCCAAACCAGGACUGGACGUCUGCCUGUGGGCAAAGAGAAUGAGCACAUUGAAACCCAGAUCCGCCUUCGUAGACCCCUGAGAAGGCGACCGUCCCCAGGAAGUAGAGGGUCGCAGCAAGAGGCCGCCGCCCUGCAGAGGCUAGAAGAUGAGAACAGCAGCCUUAGGGAGCUUGUAGAGGACAUGAGGGUUGCCCUGCAGAGCAGUGAUGCCAGAUCCCUGGCGCUGCAGGUGAGAUGAGGUUGAGCAAUGCAUGAUCCCUUUAACCAAAAACAAAACAAAAAAACCUGAAGAUUGUCUCAGUUAAAAGGAUAGACAGAAAACUGAGGUCUCUCUACCCUUUUAGUGCAUCCAGAAUUCGUAAAGUCAAUAAUUUAAUAUCAGUCCCAUGUCCUGGAUAGAUAGAUAUAGUGUUUUAUUCAUUUGCAUAUUCACUAAUUCAUAUAUUUCCUAUAUUAUAUUUCUAAACAGAUUUAGAGUAUUGAACUAUUCAGGUCAAGACUUGUAUCUAUUGUUUAUAUCUAUUAAAACCCACCCACCAUCCAGUAGCCUUGAAAUCAGCAACUUUUGUUUCCAUCUUGUUUUAAGUAUUAACACAAAAAACAGAAAAAACUUCUUUAGAAUUCCAACAUCACAGCAUGGCAACAGUUGCAUAUUAUUUGAUACAGAAUCCCACUCUAAGCGUUUUAUACUGUUCAAGAAUUAUUGCAGAACAGCCUAACUUUCUUGUGUUAUACCUUCAAGAUUCUAAGCGAUUUGGUAGUCUUGUAGUGAUUCUUGAUGAUGUAAUACAUUAAAUAGUACACAACUCAUAGAAUUGGACACUGCCCUAGAUGACUGGUUUACAUUGCAAUUCCAAGUAAAGGUCUUGUUUUUAAUGUUCAUUUUAACAAGAUGUCAAUACAAGUUGUUAUUUUAAAGGACACUGCAGGGUAAACCUUCUCUUCAGUUUGUUGUAUUUAGAGGUCUAAUGUCAGCCGAUCAAGUAGCCCAUUUUUCUUGGCAGCAGUGAAUCUAAAUAUAUAACAAGACUACUAGCCAUCGGUGUAAGAAGGGACACUGACCAUUUUUAUUUCUUAGAAAACAGACAUUUUAAGGGAGAAAUGAAUUAAAGUCAAGUCUGCUCUGUUAAAUAAGCAGAAGUGUUCUUAAUAUUUACCAGUAGCACUCAACCACACGACUUGUGCAACAAGAGCCAAAGUGAAGUUUUACGAUUCUGGGACUUCAGACUCCAGCUUCUGAGGGGCCCUUUGAGUUCCACAUCUAUGACCAGCAUGUUGCAAAGCAAUGUGUGUUACAUAUGUCUGAGACUAGAGGCUAAAAACCCUUUAAAAACAUAUUGCUAGUUAUGUGUGGAGAAAACGUUUUAGUUACAUUUUCCGUGCUCUGACACAAAAACUGAUGCUGACUGAAUUAUUUAAAUUGUCGGCACAUAACAAUUCAAUUUAACCCCUUUAAUGCACCUAUAGGUAGGGUGAGCAGACCCACCAUGUUUUCAGGGACAUAUCAUUUUGUCACUUGUAUAAUGCAUAUUCUGCAGGAUUCUUUAUUGCCUAAUUACUUACUCUUAUACACCUUCUUUUCAAUUGUACAUACUACAGGGCACCCCUUUUCAUGUGCUGCCCAUCAAUCUGUAUAUGUGAUAUGUGUCCCCGAAAACAUGGUGGAUCUGGUAACCCUAUCUAUACUUACUAUAUUAUUUUUUUUUGUUUUUUAAUGAACAUAUAUAUAUAUAUUAUUUUUUUUAACAGCUACGUAUACGUAACACAACAUUAAUUAUGAAAAAAAGAUUAAAACAUUUUCAAAAAAAGGAUUUUGCUCAUAAUUUCUGUGCAACCAAAGCAACUACAGAACAAUAAUAUGUUGUAUUCCUAACUCUUUAGUGUUAAAAUCACUAUCUAGCCUCCCUGACCUCUGCCCCUCUAAAUGUAGUCAAAUCUUACCUUAUUUCCAGAGUUACGCAGCUCUGCCUGCGCUAGUUCUGCCCCGAUCUGCCUCCCUGGCUGACAUCAUCAGAACUGAUGAUUUCAGCCAAUCGCAAUGCUUUCCCACAGCCCUGUUCAAUCAGCAUCUCCUCAUAUAGAUGCAUUGAAUCAAUGCAUCUCUUUGGGAAAAGUUCAGCGUCUCCAUGCAAAGCGUGGAGAUGCUGAAUGUUAGUGGUGCACAUUGUGCAGCGGUGACCCAGGAAGCACAUCUAGUGGCCGACUGAAAUAUGUUCCUAGGCUGAAAUGUAAACACAGUCUUUUCUCUGAAAAGGCAGUGAUAACAGCAAAAAGCCUGCAGGGAUAUGGUAUAGACACCAGAACAACUACAUUAAGCUGUAGUUGUUCUGGUGACUAUAGUGUCCCUUUAAAAUGGGUUCAAUUAUCCUGAUUGUCAAAAUGCCUCAUAUGUCUAGGAUUUCAGGCCAUUUUUGAAAGCCAAAAGACAGAUAUGUCAAGGAGCAGUGGAGCGGCUGGAAAAGUUUUGGUGGCAGGGAUCUAGGCGCCACCUUUUGAAGUUAACCAUGCCCUUCUCUGUAAACCCCACCGUCACCUUAUCGUUGUUGUGCCACUUAACCACAAGUAUAUAUAUAUAUAUAUAUACACCCACAUUCAAUCUAUAUUAUAGACUACACAGUGUAAACUAUAUCCAGUAAUAUAUACUAUAACGCUAUAGUGGUAUUAAUACAAAUGUGUUUCUGGAGUAACAAUUUAAACUUACAUUUUCUCCCUCGAUGUGCCGGUCGGGCAUGGCUGGCCCCACCUCCAUGCCUGAGAUCAUCAGUCUUCAUGCCAAUCCAAGGCUUUCUUAUAGCAAAGCAUUGGGAGACUAUUGUGCUUGCGCAGCAAAACCACAUGCUGCGCCAAUCACCAUAUCCUCCAUGUAUUGAAUCAAUGCAUCUCUACGGGAAGCGUCCAUACAUAUGACAAUUUAUUGUCCUAACACACACAUAAUUUCAGAUUGGAACACCUACAAAGAGCCCUGGACAUUGACAGCGUUAUUCUCUAAAGGUUGCAUGUUUGUGGAUUACAUUUAAAUGGGAAAAGUAAAAAAAACAAAAAAACAAAUCUAUAAAAACUCCAGCCAAACACAAAUGUUUGCCGCAGUUUUUCCAUUCAGAUAUAAUUUUUGAAAAUUCAGAGUCUAUACUAAUAAAAUAAAUUAAAAUAAACAAUACGACUUGAGUGACUAACCAUUAGUGUCUCACCCACUUACAGUGUGUAAUGUAUGUGUGUGAAUGUGUGAAGGCUUAUUGUGUUGUAGGACAACUGUAUGUAAUAUGCCUGCGGUGUGUUGUCUGCAUCUUGUAAGUGCAGAUCACAAUAAUUGCCCCUCGAAUUCCCAGUACUCACUAAGUAGGGAAGAUUAGUGUGGUCAGCUCCGGCAUUGAAUGAUAGCAUUUUCCCUUCACUAAAUCCCACAUUUAAUGGAAGGGUGUGGCUUGUCUUUCCCAUUUUCCUUUACUCCCUCCUAUUUUUCUUUUUUCUUUCCCUCUCUUUAGGCAAUGUAAAAAUUUCUUGUCUCCUCUUUCUCUAUUGGCUUAUCCCUGAAAUGCUUUGUUUCCUGCAUAAUGUGUACUCGUCUGAGUAUUUUCAAAUUUACUUUAGUUGUUUGCAUUAAAUACCAUUUUCAUGCCUCGAUGAUUCUUACCAAUUGUAUGUUUUAAAAUAUUUUUUUAUAAUAAUAAUUUGCAUUGUUUAUAGCACUUUUCUCCCUGUGAGAUUCAAAUCACUUAAAAUAUAUAUAAAAAAGACAUAAAGUUAAGAAUUUCUAAAAUAUUCAGAAGAGCUGACUAAAUGUCCGAUAAAAGAGAUGGGUUUUUAGCUAUUUAUAAAAAGUCUGUAAAGAUGGUGCCUCUCUGAUUGAGCAAGGUAAUGAGUUCCAGAAUGUGGGGGCAGUGUGACUGAAUGCUUGGGGGCCUGAGUUUGUCUUUAUCCUAGGCACCGAUAGGAGGGAUUUGUUGGCUGACCGAAGUGAGUGAGAUGGAAUAUACGGUGUCAGAAGUUCUUUCAAGUAUUGUGUGCCUUGUUUGUUUAAGGCUUUGCAGGUCAGCAAGUCAAUUUUAAAAUAUGUUCUCCAUUUAAUUGGAAGCCAGUGCAGGGAGUGGAGAACAAGUGUUAUGUGACGUGAUCGAGUUUGAUUGGUCAGUUGUCUUGGUUGCAGCAUUUUGUACUGUCUGUAGGUGAUGUAAAUAUUUUUCUUGGAGGUCCAAGUAGAGUAUUUUGCAGUAAUCUAAAUGAGAGGACACAAAUGCAUGGAUUAAUGUUGGCAUAUCAUCCUGUAUGAUUAAGUGUUGUAUCCAGGCUAUGUUUCUUAGAUGAAAGAAGGCAGAUUUUAUUACAGAGGAAAUCUGCUUUUUAAAUGAUAGUCCAGAGCUAAUCAGCACUCCGAGAUUUCUUACCUCUGUUGAACUACUGAGUUCAGAGCCAGGCCAGUUGGGCAAUCAUGAGGUAUUUUUGUUGCCCAGGGUCCUCUCAUCAAGAGUAAGUAUGUUUUGUCCGGGUUCACUUUUAGCCAACUUGCAUUCAUCCACUUUCUGCUAAGCAACUGUUCAUGAGGCAUGUCGGGUCUUUAGUAUCUGGAGAUGGAGAAGUAGAGUUGUGUGUCAUCAGCUUAGCAAUGAUAUUUUAAGCCAUGUCUGCAGAUCAUGUUCCCUAGUAGUAGCGAGUAAAUUGCGAACAGCAUGGAAGACCAGAUGUAUCCUUGUGGAACUUCGCUGGCCAAUUCUUUUAGUGCUGAUGAGUUUGAUCCCAAUGUUACUCUCUGUGAUCUAAGAGUGAGGAAAUAUUUAAACUGGUUAAAAACUGUGCCUCCUACACCACAGAUGUGAGGCAAACACUACAAAAUAAUAAUAAUAAAAUCAAAUGGUCAAUUGUGUCAAAUGCGUUGAGAGAUCCAGGAGGAUUAGGAUGGAGUAAUCAUUUUCGUGUCUCACAAUCAGGAGAUCAUUUAUCACUUGGACUAGCACUGUUUCUGUGCAGUGGCGGCAUUUAAAUCCUGGUUGGAAAGGAUCAAAAAUUUUAUAGUUUGAUAGAUGGACUUCCAGUUGAGCUGCCACUACUUUUUCAAUGAUUUUCCCCAAGGUUGGAUACCGGUAAGUAAUUUGUCAUGCAGUCUGGGUCUAGUAAUGCUUUCUGUAGGAGGGGUAUUACCACUUCUUCUUUUAGAGGAUCUAUGACGUUUCCAUAUUUUAGUGAACACUGCAAUAUAUUUGUGAGGGUUGGGGUGAGUGUUUCAAUGCAUACAGAUAUAAGAUGAGCUGGAGUAGGGUCUAAGUCACAAGUAGUAGAGUGCACCUUUUGCAAGGUUCCUCUCUAUCCACAUUUGUAAAUGUAAACCAUAAACUGGGACAAUCUGGCAUUUCACUGCAGUGGUUCUGGUGUGUAACUGGUUGGCUUGCUGUAAUAGAGGCUCAAAUGGAGGAAAUCUUGUCUGUGCAGAAGAUUGCACAUUCUUCACACUCAUCCUGAAAAAAGUGGGUGAGGAUAUGCAUGCAUGCAUGCUGGUUUGCAGAGCCUUCCUAUUGUCCGAAUCAGUUGCCUGGGUCUAUUGUGGGAGAGUGUAAUUUUGCGUGACAAUUUUGCCUCUCCCGUCCCCCCCACGUGCACCCUUGUCGAUUUUUAUGGCUGGUAGGGAAAUCAGAGAUCUCCCUCACUGGCCAGGCUGUGCCAGUGCUAAGCGGGAAGAUGCAGAAGUUGUUACUGUUACAGAGCAUUGCUGUACAUUACCGCAUUACAGUUGCAACACUCUGAUACACCUCCCUGUGACGACCUGUAAAAGGGUUGGAUCAGAAGGAGCUGUCUGCUCCCAAUAUGGAUACAGAGAAGAAUAUUCUUCCUCUUAAGCGCCAAAGAUAAGGAUUCCCCUUCUCUAGCCCCAUGCCCCCUAUACCAACUACAGCUCCUAUGCACCCUACACCCAUUACAGCCCCUAUCCCCCAGCAUCCACUAAAACCCCUUUUACCCCCUGCAGCUGCUACAGCCCCUACACCCAUUACAGCGCAUAUGCUCCAAGGACCCAUUACACGCAUAUGUUCCCUGCACCCACUACACACUCUAUUUCUUCCCUGCACCCACUACAGUCCCUAUCCUAAUGUACCUACUACAUUCACUUUCAUCUAUUACAAACCCUAUUACCCCCAAUCCCCACUGCACCCACUACCGCCUUUAUAACCCUGGCUCAAAUCCCCAUUGAACCCACUACAACCCCUAUUACCCCAUCACACACUACUUCGCCUAUGCACCCACUAGAGCCCCCAAUACUCCAUGCACUGACUACAGCCUCUGUUACCCCCUGCUCCCACUACAGUCUCUAAUCCUCCCCUGCACUCACUACAGCCGCUAUACCCAGCUAUACCCACAGCAUACACUAAAGCCCCUAUUACCCCCUGCACACAUUACAGCCUCUAUCCCCCAGCAUACACUACAGACCCUAUGCCAUCUGCACCCACUACAACUACAAUGUCCUCUGCAGCCUCUAUUACCACCUGCAUGCACUACAACCCCAUGGCCCUUGCACCCAUUAUAGCCCUUAUCCACUGCAUCCACUUAACCCCCUUUUGCCUUCUGCCCCUACUACGCUGUAUCCACUAUAGUCCCUAUUAUCCCUGCACUGACUACCGCCUGCACCCUACAGCCUCUGCUGCCACCUGCAUUUACAACAGCCCCUUUCCCCCUGCACUAACUACAGCUCCUUCCUCACUGCAUCCACUAAAACACCUAUCCCUCUGCACCCACUACAGCCUCUAUUAUCAUCUGCUCCACCUCUGCCUCUAUCCCCCAGUACCCACUACUUCCACUAUCCCCCCUUCACCAACUACAUCCCCUAUUACACCCUACACCUUCUACAGCUCAAUGCCACCUUUUACCACUACAGCCCCUAUGCCCCCUGCAACCAACUAAAGCUCCUAGGCCCCUGCACCCCGCUAAAGUGCUUAAUGCUCCCAUCAUCCACUUCAGCCAUUAUCCCUCCCCUACUACAGCUGAUAUCAUCCUUACUACCACUACUAAUAUGAUUUAGUGGUAGACAUUAUUAGUGACCCCCAGUUUUGACUUUGGUAUCUUAUGUUCCCCCCAUUCCGCCGUGUAUUGUAUCUACAGUCGCCAGUCGGCUGGCGGGGUUAGUAGAAAUUAUGUUACCCACAGGUAAUAAUAAAGUUGCUAGGAUUGUAGGGUUUCUAAAAAAUAAAUAACAAUGUAUAACACACACACACACACACAAUUCCCACAAACCCAACUCCACUGACAAUGCACAUAUAUACACACACAAACUCACAAGAAGCCUCUCACGUGAAAUACCACAAGCAGCACCACACACACACGCACACACCACUAAACAGACAAUGUGACAUACCCCCACACACAUAAUUCCACAAGCAGCUCCCAUACUCAGCCCAUAUUCAUAGAUAUCAUACACACUACCACAAACUACUCAUGAACAUAUACAAUAUAAAAACUUAACCCUACAAAGCAACUGCAGCAGCCCUAAAUAACACCAGCAGAAUACAGUAACAUACACAACUCCAUUAGAAAAAAAAGGACCGGCACGCCAAGGGACUUCAAAAAUAUGUUGUUUUUGCACAGUACUAGUAAAAGGUUGCAUUCCCUGCACAAGGGAUUCAAUGCAAGAUUGACACAUUUUGAUUGGCUAAUCUCUUCUUUUGUAGGUUGGACUUCGUAAAUGCCAUGCUUCUCACACGAAGGAUGGAGGAUGUAUAAUGUUUAAUACACACGUGGUAUCUCAAAGAUAUAUGAUAAUGACUCAGAGUGUCCUAAGGGAGGUGGAUCUAAUCCAGAGUUCCAGAGAUGACCAGCUUGAGGAAAUGAUGAGAAUGAAUAAUGAUUUGGAAGAUGAACUGAGCAGAUCUCAGAAAGCAUUGCUCUAUCUGGAGAACUGCAAUGAGCAGCUGAGAAGGGAGCAGACAGAAAUGAGGAGGAAGGCUGAAGAGGCCAGACAAGCAGUACUCAAAUGUUUUGGAAAGGUUAAAGACCUGGAGGAAAAAUCAAACAAAGCAGUUCUUCUUCAAUUGCAUAUUAAGGAGCUAGAUAUGGAGCUGCAGCAUUACAGGUAAUGGGAAACAAUAUUUGUCAGUCUAGUUCUCUACUUUAAAUUGUAUAGCUUAGAAACAGGACAGAUACACAGCUAUAAUAUAU